CCACCAGAGUCUCAAAGCCUACCAUACAUACUUCACUUUCCCACGCGCGCUCUCUCUCUCUCUCUCUCUCUCUCUCUCUAGUCGGCCACAAACCCUUCCUCUCCAAAUCCCAAACCCCCAAAAUCCAAAAAACCCCUCCAAAAUAAACAAAGAUCGAAUCUUUCACUCACGUAGGCAGUGAGAGGGAGAGGAAGUGAAAACCCACAUGGAUUCAGAUCAAGGCAAGCUUUUUAUUGGUGGGAUUUCAUGGGAAACCUCGGAGGAUAAGCUGAAGGAGUACUUCAGCAACUACGGCGACGUUUUGCAAACAGUGGUUAUGAGGGACAAAGUCACGGGACGCCCUAGAGGUUUUGGGUUUGUGGUUUUUGUAGAUCCUGCUGUUCUUGAUAGGGUUCUUCAGGAUAAGCACACCAUCGAUGGUAGAACGGUUGAGGCUAAGAGGGCCCUAUCGAGAGAGGAGCAGCAAACCACUGGCAGAGUUGGAAAUGCUAACCCUACUAGAAGUGGUGGAAAUGGUGGAAAUAUUAGGACCAAGAAGAUAUUUGUUGGAGGGUUGCCUCCCACUCUUAGCGAAGAAGGAUUCCGUGAGUAUUUUGAAACUUAUGGCCAUGUAACUGAUGUAGUAGUAAUGUAUGACCAAAGUACCGGACGUCCUCGUGGAUUUGGAUUUAUUUCAUUUGAUACUGAAGAAGCAGUUGAUAGGGUUUUGCACAAAACAUUUCAUGAUUUAAAUGGUAAGCAAGUGGAAGUUAAGCGGGCGCUUCCCAAAGAUGCCAAUCCUGGUGGGGGUGGCCGUAGCAUGGGGGGUGGUCAAGGUGGCGGUGGUGCAGCUGGUGGCGGUUAUCAAGGAUAUGGCGCAUCUGGUGGCAACCCAAAUGCAUAUGAUGGUAGAAUGGACUCCAACAGGUACAUGCAAUCUCAGAGUACUGGAGGUGGUUUUCCACCUUAUGGUUCUUCUGGGUAUAGUGCACCCAGUUAUGGCUAUGGUCCUACCAGUAAUGGAAUUGGUUAUGGCGGUUAUGGAAGUUACGGUGGUACUAAUACCGGCUAUGGAGGUCCAGCAGCUGCUGCCUAUGGAAACCCUAAUGCCCCAAAUGCUGGCUAUGCUAGUGGUCCGCCAGGUGCCCCUAGAAGUUCAUGGAGUUCUCAAGCCCCCUCUGGAUAUGGUGCUAUGGGAUACGGGAAUACUGCUCCUUGGGGUGUUUCAGGUGGCAGUGCAGGUGCAGGCAGUGGCGGCCCUGGUUCUGCACCUGCUGGUCAAUCACCUAGUGCAGCGGCUGGGUAUGGAGCUCAAGGUUAUGGUUAUGGUGGGUACAGUGGAAGUGAUGCGUCCUAUGCAAAUCCGUCUGGUUAUGGUGCUGUUGGAGGGCGUUCAGGGAGUGUCCCAAACAACAAUGUUGGUGGCGCAGGUGGGGAGCAAGGUAGUGGUGGUGGCUAUGUUGGGAGUGGCUAUGGCGAUUCAAAUGGAAAUACAGGUUAUGGAAAUGCUGGUUGGAGAUCUGAUCCAUCCCAGGCUUCAGGAAACUAUGGUGGUCAGGCAAAUGGUGGACAAGUUGGUUAUGGUGGUGGGUAUGGCAGUGCUCAGGCACGACAAUCCCAACAGCAGUAAUUUUGAUGGUCAACUGUUUCAAUGGAAAUUUCAUCCUGUUUUAAGGAUCUGUAACUCUUUAUGCAUGAGCUAGUAAUGGUUUCUCAUCACCAGCGGCAGUAGCAGGAACAGCUCAAGUUGGAUGGCAAUGCUUUGGGACUGGUUGGAUUGCUUAAAUUCUAGUAGUUUGCAGUUACUCUUUUGGUAGUCUAUAAUAAGUAGUAUUUUAGUUCGCACUAGAUGCUCCUCAUAUUUAGUUUUUGCUUUUGAGUGGUGUUAAAUUUGGCGUGCUUAUAAUUGUCUACUUGCUGCUAGUGGCAAUUACGUUUUUGGUCGUAGUGUUAAAGCUAAAGUAGCUUAUAUAACCUUACCUAUUUUGGUUUUAUUGCAUUUGAGUAUUCUGUUGUUUGACAUCUUAUUAGUGCUUUAUUUUAAUUUAAUUUAAUUUGGCUGAGGAUUAGAUGCUGUAGAAAGUUUAGCCAUUAGGUGCUUAUGCUUGAUUUGUUAUGACAAGUAGGAGUACAAAGAUGUAGUGAGGAUAUUUUUCUGAUAGCAAUGGAGCUAUGGGCUGGUCACUUCGUUAUGGGUAGCGAUAAUCAUAGUGGUAGUUGACACUUUGACGAUGGCAUAAUCAUUUUCCCCCUGUAUUUGCCCUUGUGUUGUACAGGAGGAGAGGUGCACAAGUUGUAAAGUGAAGUGUCCAUCAUGGCUGAAACGAGCUUCAUGGUGGGGCAUGUUCAUUGGGGGUGUGUUCAGCAUGGAAUGAAAUAUUUGGAAGUUUGUUCACUUGAAAUUAAUGAGGCAUUCUCCAGCCAGGCCAUGCCAUUGCCAACACUGUCAAAUUUCGCAGAGUCCUCAAGCUCAUAUCACUAAUAUCGUAAACUUAUCCCUGGUUUUGGUUGCAUGACAGAUUGUGAGGUGAACAGCGUACGGUAUGUUGACUUGAGCAGCUUAGCCAGAUUCGCUUUAAAAUUUGAUUGUGUAAGGCCGUGUUUUGAUUCAUAGGAGCAGAUGGUUCCGGAAUUUAGAGAAGCAGAAAGGAGGUGCUUCUGUUAAAAUAGUUUUUCUAGAACUUUAGAAUGAAGUAGAAGACCCAUUGCAUUUUUAUUCAUUUAUUUUUCCAAAUUUGAGAACGCAGGCUAGAUUUAUGAUGCAUUAUUUCAAUAAGAAUAUUGACUGUUGUAAUAGUGCA